AUGGCUUUCGAAAUGCAAAAUGAUUCAACACAAUUCGCCCAGUUUGUCACACUUAUAAUACUCACGCCGUUGGGUAUUGUGGUAACGGCCUUGCGCUUCGUCGCCGUCCGACGUGUUGAACGCAAAGUCGGCGCGGAGGACUGGCUGGCUAUCAUAGCCACUCUUUUCACUAUAUUGACCAACCUUUCAGCUUUGAUGGCAAUUGGCAUUUUGAAUGGACGUCAGAUCAACGAAGAAAUUGCUGAGAGCAAAUCGGAUUAUGUGCGCAUGCGAAAAGUACGUCUAAACUCCAAGCUUUCCCGCUCCAUUUACUGGGGCCUCACUAACCAAAGACAGUGGGAUAUAUGCGGUCUCUAUUUCUACUUUGUUCAAACACUCGCCGUGAAACUGAGUGUUCUAGCGCUCUGUUACCGCAUCUUCAGCUUCAACAAUACCGGCGGUAAAAUCUGCAUAUAUGUCUUGGGCGCCCUACAAACAAUCUUAUUUACCUGCAUGUGCAUCUUCCAGGGCUUCCAAUGCGUCCCAAUUCAGAGAUACUUUGACCCAUUUGUUCCCGGUCACUGCACAGAUGAGGGGACGGUAAUUCUAGGUGGGGAGAUUCCCAAUUCAAUAAUCGACUUUGCCAUGGUGAUUUUGGCAAUGGUUAUGAUUCGGUCUGUGCAGUUAUCAAAGAGAAAUAAACUGAGAAUAAUGUUUAUCUUUGGUCUUGGUUUUAUUGUUGGUAUAAUUGGGUUCGCCAAGGUCGCUAUCACUUAUUCUGUUAGCGAACUAUGGCAGCCACCAGUUUCUGGCGGGGAUACUCUGGUCACUCUCUAUUUUCAUGGAGCUCCUCCGUCUGGUCGACACGAACAGGGAAAAGCGGUUCGAAAACGCGUGGUGGAUAUGAUUCAUAUCGGCAAGCAAGUUAUGACCAGCAAACCCUUGUCCAAAGUAACGGCACCGAUGACCUUUCGUGGCCCAGUGCUACAGCUCAUGCUGACAGUCAUGCUUUAA